AUGUCUGAGGAUCAUAUUCAAAAAAUACAAGAAUAUUUUGAUAUGUUAUGUUCAGCCAUUAAUCCUAAAAGUGCUAAUCCAACAUGUUCAAAGCAUCCUUCUCAACAAAGAUUUUCUGACAUUUCGCCAGCCGAGUAUGAAAAUGAUUUGGGUGAACUAAUAAAUGCCUUUCAACGUCAUACAAAGUGCGGAACUCAUUGCUACAGACGAGGUAACGCAAAUACACACUGCAGAUUUAAAUUUCCUAAAGAUGUUCAAGAAAGCAGCUCCAUUGAUGAUAAGCACGGAUAUCAUGAGUUUUUUCCACGACGUAACGAUCCGUAUGUGCAGCGCUUCAAUAAUGUCGUAACACAAAUAUGGAGGGCUAAUACAGACUUUACGCCCAUACUUGAUAUUAAUGCAGUUGUUAAAUACAUCGUUAAGUAUACAACAAAAAGUGAAACUGUUUCGUUAUCGUACAUGAAUGUAAUCAAUAGUCUCUGCAAACAUAGCAACGACGUUUCUUCUGCCAAAUCUUGCGUUAUGAAACUGAUCAUUUCAUCCGUAUGCGAACGAGAUUAUUCUGCUCAAGAGGUUGUGCAUCUUUUAAUGGGUUGGUCAUUGAUGAAAAGUACGCGCCAUUUCGUCUCGCUUAUACUUUAUGAAGAAAACUGGGAAAAAUAUGAGCUCAACGAAAUGAACGUUAAUUGCACUUCUAAAUCUAUAAUCGAUAAAUACAUCGACAGGCCUGCCAUAUACAAUGAUCUGUCAUUAUUUCGAUUUGCACAAACAAUCAACGUAUAUGGAACUCGCUAUGUUAAAAGCCGCAAUGAGAAUGUUGUUUUAAUUUUUCCAACGUUGAAAUUAUCAGAUGACUUGGAUAGUGAUUUAUACUACAAGCAACAAUGCACCCUUCACAUCCCAUUCCGUCGAAGUGUAGACGAACUCUCUAAAUUGUGCGACAAUAACAACGAGCAUCCUUGGUGUGCAUUAUUUGAGCAAUAUAACGUCACGCCAAUAGACAGUAUCCAAUUGCCAAUUCCAUGUAUAGAAGAAAUUGAAGACGAUAAUGAAGAUGAAUCAUCCACUAGGGAUAUGUAUUGUAAUGCGUUUGAAAUGGUUUCGUCAACGAUAAAAGAACGAUCGGAUCAAAAAUUAGGACAACGUUUAAUAGACGUGGCAUAUGAUUGGAAUGUACAUAACGAGCUGUAUCCCUCUUUGCAAGACAUUAAUACAUUUUUAAAAAUGUUUAAAAGUGAGAAUGCAACACGAUCGAUAAAUAACUCUAGUAAUUUGAAAGAAUUAACCUUAUCUCCGGAACAACUGAAAGUUAUACAGAUUUGUAGAACUCAGAUUAAUCACAUCCAGUCCGACAUAGGUGACAUCUCCGAUCAGAUAAUUAAACGUGUGAUAAUACAGGGAAAGGCUGGGUCCG